UCCAAAUCAAAGUAAACUUGGUGCAAAUCUCUUGAAGCCACAAUGGCAGACAGCAGCAGUCCCCCAUUGUCAUCCUACAUCAUGGAUGAGGAAACUCUGAAGAGAAAACAAAAGGAGAAGCUAAAGAAGCUGAUGUCUACAGGAGGCAACCCGAGGCCUGCACGUUCUCUCCUCUUCUUGACACUCAGGAAUCCCUUCCGCAAGUCAUGCAUCAGUAUUGUGGAGUGGAAACCUUUUGAAAUCAUCAUCCUACUGGCCAUCUUUGCCAACUGUGUGGCCCUGGCUGUGUACUUGCCCAUGCCUGAGGAAGACAGCAACAACACCAACAGCAACUUGGAAAGCCUGGAGUACAUCUUCCUCAUCAUCUUCUCUAUAGAAUGUUUCCUGAAGAUCAUUGCCUAUGGAUUUCUAUUCCAUACAGAUGCUUACUUAAGAAACUGCUGGAACAUUCUGGACUUUGUUUGUGUAUCCGUUGGCUGCAUCUCUCAGAUAAACCUAAGAUAA